AUGUCAGCACAAAAGUUGCAGGAAGCCGAAAAUCUCGAGAAGGAAGCCAAGAAAUUAUCCGAGAGAAGUGUAUUCAGAUGGAGUCCCGAUUGGGAUGGAGCAGCUUCAAAAUAUGAAAAAGCUGCCAUUGCCUAUAAGAAUUUAGGAAAGGAAAACAAAGCCGUUGAUUGUUAUGUCAGUGCUGGUUAUUGCCAUGAGAAGAACAGAAUUCUCUACUCGGCCGGACGAUGCUACGAAUCAGCAGCCAACAUUUAUCAAACGACCAUCAAAGACUUUAUCAGUGCAUUAAAAAAUUACAAAGACGCUGCACGAUGCUACUCCGAUGAUGGAAAGAACGAUCGUGCUGCGGAGGUGUUGGUCAAAGCUGCAAAAGCAAUGGAAAAAGAACCUGCAGGUUUAGAGCAAUGUUUUGAAUUAUUUAAGGAAGGAAUUGAAAUGUCUUGCCUCAAUGGAAAGUAUCAUAAUACAACGGAUUUGUUGCGCCAAUAUAAUACCAUGUUGAUCAAGUAUAAGAGAUUUGAUGAGGCGAUUAAGAAUUGCGAAACUCAACUAGUUGCUUAUCAAAGUUUGAAUCAAGUCGAUAAUUUGAGAAAGACCAUGUUAUCCAUCAUUGUUUUGCAUCUCAGAAAUGAUGAUCCAGUAGCUGCCGAGAAUGCUCUCACAAGAUUUACCAAUGAAAGUGGAGCUGCUAAUUUUUCAAAUAGUGAUGAAGGUGAUUUGGCAGUAUCAUUUGUGAGUGCAUUCCAAAAUAGAGAUGAAAGGUUGUUGGAGGCCACUCGACAAAAUUCUUUAUUGAGAUAUCUAGAAGGUCCAUUUGCCAAAAUAGCAAUGACAUUGUCACUGAAUCCUCUCUUUGACACUAUACCACAAAUUAAAAAAGAGAAACCUAAAAAGACCUCGACACCCAAUGCUCCAGGUGAAGGAACUUCUUUGGCAAAUAGUAAGAAAAAUAUUGCGACGAAAAAAGCCGCUCUCUUUGCUGUGGAUGAUGAAGAUGAGGAAGAAGAUGGAGGUGACAACAAGAAACGUUCAAAUAGACCAACAAAUACAUUCUUGAGCACGGGUUCAAAGGCCUCGUCUAACAAACCAAAAACAGCAUUCCAACCAAUGCCUUCAAAGGAAGAAAUGGAAGAGCUCAAAAGGAGACAACAGGAAGCAUAUGAAGAAAGACAACGCCAACGACGAAACGGAGAACUUAACGAGGAAGAUGACGAAGAUUUGGGAGAUGAUGAUGACGACGAUUUGGAUUUAAUAGGAGCUUCAAAGACUCCAAGUAGCAGCAACAAUGUAAAAGCAUCAUCCUCCACAUCAAUACCUACAACUAAAACACCUACAGUACCUGAGCAACCAACUCAACCAACACGACCAUCCCAAACCAAUGGUGAGGACGAAGAUGAUAUUCAAUACGUGUCAACAAAACACAGCGAUGCAAUUGAUGAAUAUUUCAAUGAUGAUAAUAGUUAUCAAAAACCUCCUUCAAACAUUAAGCCUCGUCAUGACGAGGAUGAUGACGAGGAGGGAGGUGACGCCUUUGAUCCUAACGAUUUAACUUAA